AGCCGCUCCCCACUUUUGCUGUUUCCAUUCCUUUGUUUCUUUUGUUUCGAGACACCUUGAAUGCUGUGUUGUUGUUUUGGAAAAACUAGAAAGUAGUAAACUAAUAUUAUUGUUUUCACGAAUAAACAAUAAUGAACACAGAAGAGGCAAAAUCCUCGCAUGCAAAUGAUGCAAAUGAGGAAGCGCCAACUGCUAGUUCUUCUUCCACUACUGAGACCUCCAAAACAAACAAUUUGUUGAGGAUUCAGCAGAGAAAGCAGCAAGUGUACAACUGGCCGAGAAAUAAGAAAAUAUUGAAGUUGGCAAUUUACUCGCACUGUCAAGCUGCUGAAUGCAAAUGCAAUGGUUGGAAAACUCCUCAAGCAAAGUCGCCACAGAACAAAGAUGAAACCGUGCAGCAGCUUGCCAAUUUCCAAGAUCCAUGCAGGAAUUGCAAACACACGCUCCAAUUUCAUGUUCAGCAUUUGGAGUCAAAGCAAGAUGACGACUUAAAUAAUUUAUUGGGCAUGGUGGUUGACGUGGAAAACAUUUUCAUGAGCAUGAACAAGGAGCUUGACUCUGAUACUAAAAGGGUUUACUUCUAUUUAUUCAAGCUCCUGAGGAAAAACAUUCUGACUAACAUGAAACCUAUAAUCGAGGGCCCAUUGGGACAACCACCUUUUGAAAAGCCGAGCAUUGCCAGAGGAGUGACAAAUUUUGUCUUCUACAAAUUUGGAUCACUCCCUUCAAAUGAGUGGCAGACAGUGUACGACAUGGCAAAGAUGUUUCUUCACUGUCUCAACCAUUGGAAUUUUGAAAGUCCUAGCUCCCAUCAGCACAAUCUGACUUGUGAUGAGCUCUCGACUUACAAGAUCAACUACACAAGAUGGCUUGUGUUCUGCCAUGUUCCUGCAUUUUGCGACUCGCUACCUCACUUUGACACAACCGAAGUGUUUGGACGAACAUUCAUGAAAGCCGUAUUCCAAACCGUGUGCCGACUUCUCAUGGAAAAGUGCAACAAUGAAAGGGACAAAAUGGCUCCUGACAAGAGAGUGGUUGUGCUAACUCACUUUCCAAGAUUUCUCACCGCCUUGGAGGAGGAGCUGAACAAUCCAACUUCGCCGAUUUGGGAUGCGGAUUUCAAGCCACAAGCCCCGCUCUAUUUGGCUACUCAGAUCGAAAACAUUGAAAAAGCAUCUGGAAACAAGCCUGAUGAGUUUGAAAAAUUGAAUCCAACCGGAAAAUCGGGUUUCACUACAAUCACAAUCCAAACAAGUGCAGGCAAAAGAAGAAUUUCUGAAAGCUCCGAACAACUGGAUGCCAAAAAGAAAAAAGUGAUUGAUGUGCCAGAGAAGGUAGUUUCUGAAGUGUUGGCAUCAAUCAACAACCCUGUGACAACCGGAGCAGAGGUAGAGUGUCAUUACUACAGAACCACUUCCUCACCAGCCACGUUGCAGGCUGUGUUUCCCGAGAAUGCGCCAAGAGAUGAGGCAGCGAAAAUCGAGGAACAAAAAGGGGUUAUCACGUUUGUUGUUGUUGGAAACUCGAUCACGCAGCCCGUCAAAAAGCAAACGAUCAUGUGGCUGAUUGGACUGCAAAAUGUCUUCUCCCAUCAGCUUCCCAGGAUGCCAAAGGAGUACAUCUCACGGCUGGUGUUUGAUCCGAAACACAAAACCCUCGCUCUUCUAAAGGAUGGUAGAGCGAUUGGAGGGAUUUGUUUCAGGAUGUUCCUGUCUCAAGGCUUCACUGAGAUUGUAUUCUGCGCGGUAACUUCCAACGAACAGGUGAAAGGCUAUGGCACUCACUUGAUGAACCACUUGAAAGACUACCACAUCAGACUAAACGUCUUGCACUUCCUCACUUUUGCUGAUGAAUUCGCUAUUGGCUACUUCAAGAAGCAGGGCUUCAGCAAAGAAAUUAAAAUGCCAAAGCCACAGUACAAUGGCUACAUCAAGGACUACGAAGGAGCCACGCUGAUGCACUGUCACUUGAACCCAAGAAUCGUGUACACAGAGUUUACAUCAGUCAUUCGGAAACAGAAGGAGAUUCUCAAGAAGUUGGUUGAGCAGAGGCAAGCUGAAUUCCAGAAAGUGAUGCCUGGAUUGAACUGCUUCAAGGAAGGUGUUAGGUCCAUUCCAAUUGAGAGUAUUCCCGGCAUCCAAGCGACUGGGUGCUUGCCUCUCUUGAAAAACAAAAUUAAGGCGCAUGCUGAUAGUGUGGAUCCAGAAGUUCUAGCCAUUCAGCUGAGAACCAUCAUCGGCCAGUUAAAAACACACCACGCGGCGUGGCCGUUUUUGCGACCUGUUGAUGGCAAUGAGGUCCCUGACUAUUAUGACCACAUCAAGUAUCCUAUGGACUUGAAGUCAAUGGAAGGGAAACUGAAGGUUGGCUACUACGUAAACAAGAGACUCUUCAUUGCAGAUAUGAAUAGGAUAUUUACAAACUGCCGCCUUUACAAUAGUCCUGACACCGAAUACUUUAAGUGUGCGAAUUUGCUAGAUAAAUUUUUCCAAGCAAGAAUGAGGGAGGUGGGUUUGAUGGAGAAGUGAGAAAUUUUUGAUUAUUUUUCACAAUUCAUUUAAUGAGUGCUAAAUGACUGAAUUUAAGAUGGCAUUAAACAUAAUAUGAUGCUCCCUUCACUGGAAGCAAUCACUUUUAUGUUGCGUGAUACAUUACUGUAUUUCAUUGCCGAUAUGAUUUUGUAAUAAAUGGAGAUGUAAAGCAAUAA